AUGUAUUGUGACAGUUAUGGUCGUGUUACAGAGGGUCUAGAGGGUCUAGAGGGUCCAGAGGGUCAAGAGGGUCUAGAGGGUCUGGAUGGUCUAGAGGGUCUUGAGGGCCUAGAGGGUCUUGAGGGUCUGGAGGAUCUAGAGGGUCAAGAGGGUCUAGAGGGUCUGGAGGGUCUAGAGGGUCUUGAGGGCCUAGAGGGUCAAGAGGGCCUAGAGGGUCUGGAGGGCCUAGAGGGUCUGGAGGGUCUAGAGGGUCUGGAGGGUCAAGAGGGUCUAGAGGGUCAAGAGGGUAUAGAAGGUCUGGAGGGCCUAGAGGACACAGGAGCCAACGCUGAAGCCACGUAUGUUGUACUUGUCGCCAUCCCCAUCCUCAUCCUCGUUGUCAUCGUGUACAGAAGGCGACGCAAAGGAAGACAGCAGAACCAGAGAGGAACUCCUAAUCCAACUUACACAUCGUGUUCGGUCUAUACACUAGGCGGGGACAUGUGUGAUGAGCUGAGCGGGGACACGUCGAAGGAGGUCAUGGAUGGGGAGUUUAAAAAACUGCCUUCUUCAAAUAUAAAACCAGUAAAUUGUGCCUCCUUGGACGAAAACGAAGGGAAGAACAGAUACAAAGAUAUCCUGCCAUUUGAUGCUACACGAGUGCCCCUUGAGAUUGAAAAUGAAGAUGACAGCGACUACAUCAACGCCUCUUACAUAGAUGGAUACAUGGACCAGACCCGCUAUGUUGCAACCCAAGGGCCCUUGGAACACACAAAGAACGACUUCUGGAGGAUGAUAUGGCAACUGAACACCGCCAAGAUUGUCAUGGUUACUAACCUCAUGGAGUCGGGGAAGUUGAAGUGCUACAUGUACUGGCCAUUCUGCAGCUCUGAGUCCACGAUGUACGGCAGUAUAAGUGUUCAGUGCGCGAAAGAGGAGGUCUACGAGACCUACACCCUCCGCUCAAUGGCGAUCUGGAAGGAAGCUACAGAGACAAGAAUGAUCAAGCAGUUCCACUUCACACAGUGGCCCGACCACGGGGUUCCCAGUGACACUACAGCACUAUUACACUUCAACAAAGUAGUGAAGGACACGGCACUACCACUGUCAGGGCCAUUAGUGGUUCACUGCAGUGCAGGUGUUGGACGGACUGGCACUUUCUUAGCGUUGGACUACUUACUGGACCAGGCAAGGAGCGAGGGCCGAGUCUGUGUCUACAACUGUGUGCAACACUUCCGUAGGGAGAGGAUGAAAAUGGUUCAAACAAAAGAGCAGUAUAUAUUCAUACACAGCAUUCUCCUGGAUGCCUUGCAAUGUGAACAGACCUUGACUCGCCCCAUCGAGCCAGUACACAUCCAGUGUGAGACAUGCUGGAACCAGAUUAAUAAUAAGCACAGGGUCAAUAUGGACAUUUCAUCCAUUGACAGUGAUGAAGAAGAUGUUCUGUAUGAAAAUGUUCCCCAUCACUGGGCACGUCAGCUUCAACAAAGAAGUGGAGAUGCGGCCUCUCUCCCCGACGUCUGUGACGUGGUCUGUGAAACAAUGCCCUUGCUGUCUAGUGCAACAAACACCUCAAGCGAGGAGAGGAGCCCGGAAGAGAAGACGGACGACGAGGGAGGAAGGAUGAGUUGGGUGUCGCCUCUGUUAGGUACAAGUGACAGGAUACAGGAGACGGGUUACGAGUGACAAGUCACUGUUUCGUUCUGCCACAUAUUCCAGAGUUCCUUGAAUACAUAUUUUGUUCAUACUGUGCGUGUGUGGUGAUAAGUAGGGUAGUGCAUCGUAUUGGUAAAUUUCGUUUAAAGUCAUCCAUAUCUUGUAUGUGUUUCUCAUCUACAACCUUAACCAGCAUGAGAGAGGGCAGACGAAAUAUGAUAAGAAAAAGUUGGGUUUUUUUAAUACAAAAUAAACUGAUGUUGUGUAACUUAAUCUAUAACAUUUUAAAGUUUUAAAACUUUUGCUAUCAGUCUUUAAUAAUUUAUUUGUGACAUAGAUCGAGUUACUUAGCUUCAGUAACGACUAUUUAAUAAAUAUAGCUGAAGAAAGAUCAAUCUCAUCUGGUUGUAUUAUAGACUUCAGUGUGAAAGACUGAUUUUUCUGAAGUUGAGAAAAAAGAUAUUUUCAUUGCAGUGAACAUAACACUUGAUAUUUCACUGCAGUGACACGUUUACGGAACUAUUGUUUUACAAGAGUUACCUCCCCUUAAAUUGUCUCCCUUUAGCGUAAAUGUCAAGCCCGUACACAAACUGUUGACGUCCUUUUUACGUUAGUUCCACAUUCAACAAAGCAAAAUAAUGACAGAUGGUCUUUUAUGGAGUCAAUAUCACUUCUUUGCCGUUUGUUAUCCUCUCGAAAAUGAUUCGUUAUAAAUUGUACAUUUCUCAUUUAACUCGUCAAUCGAGACUGUUCGUUUCGCAAAGCGCCAUUUUUGUUACUUGACCAGCGUGUAUUCUUUCGCUUCCAACAGCGGUCUCCAAGUU